AUGUGUGAUAUUGCAGAUGUGAGGAAACGGUAUGAGAGUGUAUGUAUUAUUGAGGAUAACAAAGAUAGGAUCAUUAAGGAUCUCGUCGCCAUAAGCGAAAACCUUACAGAAAAACUCCGGGAUAAGAGGGACGAGAUUGAUAAUAACAAGCGGCUUAUAGCCUUAUUAAAGGAAGACCUUAGGAACCAUGAGAAUAUGCGCCGUGAUCAAGCUAAGUUGAGUUUUGUUUCCGUUUUGGUUGAUGGAGAUGGUAUGAAUUUUCAUGGAAGUCUCGUCAAAGAUGGGAAGCAUGGCGGCUUGGAAGCUGCACGGCUCCUGAUCCAGGCUGUCCAAGACCAUAUUCACAAAGUUGACCCAGAAGCACCGCCAAAUAUCAGCUGCAAGAUCCGUGUGUUUGCCAAUAUUGAAGGGCUGACGGAGGCCUAUCGCAAUAACAACAUUCUCAGUGUUGAGGAAAGCUUGACCUCGUUUAUUCAGGGGUUCAACCAGGAGAAUGCAUUAUGUGAUUUUGUGGAUGCAGGAAAUGGAAAGGAAUGCGCUGAUGUUAAGUUACGAGCAUGUUUUGAGCAGGAUAUCAUCGAUGUACACUGCCGAAGGAUUAUCUUCUGCGCCUCCGCGGACAACAGCCAUGCGCGUGUUCUCAGUCCACACCGAGGAUCGAAACGCAUCUCGCUCGUCAAAGGGCCCCCUUUCGCCCAAGAGAUGGGGGAAUUAGCAGCGGGAUUCACAACCGACUCUUUUGAGAAUGUGUUCAUGGCGAAUAAGCUGAAGACCACCAGAAGAGUGUCCUUUGGUGCUCCAAAUACCACCGCUACACCCCCAAGGACACAUACCCCUAACUACGCGGCAGCAGCGAAGGCAACUCCUCCGACGCAAACAUCAUCAGUGGUCGUGAGCGCUCCAGCAAAUGGAGUAAGCAAACUAAGGCUGCCAAUAUAUUUAAACAACAGAGGCCAACGGGUGGAUAUUCCCUUGCGAUACACGUCCAAGGAAAAUAUGGAGAGGCUGAAGCGCAUGAAACUGUGUAACCAGUUUCAUCUUUCCGGUUCAUGCACCUUUGGCAACAACUGUGCACACAAGCAUGGCCCAUCCCUCACUGACACGGAGAUAACCGAUCUGAUGUAUAUUGCCAGAUCAUCCGUCUGUCCCAAUGGGAUCUUCUGUCGUGACAAAACCUGCGUCUGUGGACAUCGUUGCAUGCAGAAGAGUUGCUCUGGUCAUGGUCGUAGAUUUCCCGAAAGCAUGCACGGAGUUGAUACACAUAUUGUCAACAGUAUCGCCCCUUCCUAA